AGAGUUCACACGCAAUCACGAUCAGUUCGGUGUGGUAGAGUGGCAGUGUACGUUGUGUUAUCGUUUCUGCGCAUUUUGAAAAGAACGAGAAAUUUUUGACGAUUUUCGAAAUAUGAAGUCUGCUUAUUUGAUCUGCGCGUUACUGUGUGUGCCACUGGUGCUGGCCGUGCAGGAUACAACGCAAAAUGGAAUUACUUCUGCAACGGAGUCUUCGAACCAUAGUAAUCAGACAGAAAAAAUUACUACUGCUGUACCAGAAUCUAAUAAUACUAUUGUAAUUACUACUGUAACUUCAAGUACUACUCCAAAUUCUACUAUUACUUCUACUAUUACUCCUACUACUAAAGCUACAAUUCCUACCACCAUUAUUUCCACUACUACUGUUACUCCUACUACUGUUAUUACUACUGUUGCACCUAAAACUACUGUACCAAUAAAUACAACAACAACCAGCAUUCCAACAUCUCCACCUACAUCCAGUAGCACAGCUUCAUCAAAGACAACAGCUGUACCACCAUCUUCUAAGGAUCGCCAAUUUGAUGGUCUAAGCUUUUUUGGUGGCAUUAUCCUUACUACAUGUUUGAUGGCAAUCGCCGCGUUCUCAUGGAAGUUCUAUAGGCAAUGCAAGGAAGGAAACUACCGUACACUGUGAUAACGUGCAAGGCGAUAUAUAAGAGACUUUCGUCAAGUAAACACAAUUAAUUGAAUUAAGAACUAUGAAUAAUUAUUUUAUUGUAAUAAUAUUGCGUAUUUUUAUAACGCAGUUAAAGUGUUGCGUGGUUAAGUGCUCUUAGUAAUGUGAUGUACAACCACGUUCCGUUUUUCUCGAUACAUGUAAUAAAGAGGGAGGGGGGAGGGGGUCAUGUGUAUUCGUAUGUAUUGGAAACAACAUUGUAUGCGUCAUUUUACUAGUAGAUGAGAGAUUGUGACGAUUACGUGUUGCAAGUAGGAGCAGUAGAGGAUAUGAGGGAGAGGGAAAGUGGGCGCAUUGACGAAAGCCAAUGACCAAUCAAACGUACAUUCCAUAAGAGAGAAAAAAGGGAAAUCAUAAUUCUUUAAACGCGCAUUAUCCUUCUUAUUAGCUUUCGCUCAAACUAUAACUGUUAACAAGCUGUAUCUUUAAUCUAUGAUGUGGUAUAUACAUUCCGCAGUAAAGUUACAUAAGAUCUGACUUUUCUACGAGAGGAGAGAGAGAAGAGAAAGUAUUAAACUUAAGAAAUAUUGAGCUCGAUACAGGUAUUUUAGCGUGAAAACGCUAUGCCAAAGCGAAACGAAUCUUCGAAAUAUUCGAAUUUCAAACAGACGUAUAAAUUACAUCGACGCGUCUGAGACGCGCUAUAUAAUAUGAAUACUUAAAGCCGAUUAUUGGCUGUUAUUUAAAAAAAAAAAUAUAUAUAUAUAUAUAAUAGUUUUGCGGUACAAUAUAUGAUCUGCACGAAUUAUUAACUCUCUCCUUUAUAUAUCCUUAUCACUGGUCUUGCUCUACAAUAUUUUUUCGACAAAAUUUGAGCAACGCGUGGAUAAUCCUAUAAACAUUUAUAAGGUAUCAUCAAAAUGAAAGUUCCUUUUUAAAAUUAGAUUUUGCAUUUUUUUUACAUAUUUAUUUUUAUUUACUUAAUAUCGCCUAAAUUUGCAUUGUAUAUGUACAAUGUGCAUAUAACAAUUUUAUUUUUUUGCAAUUUCGUUCUUGAGAACACUCGAGAUAUUGUUGAUUAUUUACACGUUGCAAUCGUAACCGCCGUUGUCAUAAAAAACUCUCUUUAAACUCUUAAAAAUACUUAUUCGUUAAAUAGAAUGCCUAAGUAUUAAAUAGUUCCUUUCUCACAUAUUCGCCUAAAAUGAAUCAAACUACAAAAAAUCAAGAAAAGCUUUUUACUUUUUCAUUUUAUAAUGUAUAAUCAAUAGAUACACAAUUUAAUUUACGAUUUUUUUCAUAGCAAGUAUUGUGAGAGUAAUAUUUUAAAUAGCACAGUAUUGUAUUAAGGCCCAGUUUCACAACUCAUGGUUAACUCUUAAUCGAGGUUCAACUUGUUUCUCUUUCCAAUUCUAAAAUUCUAGAGAGGUAAUGAAUAAGUUCAACUUCGAUUAAGAGUAACUGUGAAUUAGGAAACUGGGCCUCUAAAGGCGGUAUUCAUAGUCGAUUCUUAUAUUCAAGAUUUCUUAAAUACAGUCUUAAAAUGUCACGAAUCAAUCAGAGGACUGUAUUAGCAUCUUAAGACAUUACUUAAGAUGAUCUUGAAAUAAGAACGGAUUAUGAAUACCGGCCUAAAUAUGUUAAGCGAUAUUCUAAGUAUAACGUGUCAUGUUUAUUAUAAAAAAAAAGCAAAGAAAGAUAUAUUAUAUGUUACAUUGUGCAAUAUCUCUUUCAGUUUGUCUAUACAACAUUGAAAAUCCAAA